CGUUGGACGUAAAAGUAAACCAACAUUAAUUGUUCUAGAGAACCGGAUCUGUUGAACCGUAACUGAUUAACCAAACCGAUAAAAUCGAUUCGUAACGAGAACCAAAGUUUUUAGCCGCAAAAAAUGGCCUCACGAACGAACACGAUUCCAGAAAACAGUCUCCUCUUUUUCACUUGCCGGAGAAGAUGGAUAUGAUUUGUUGUUUCCGACCGAAUCAGUAUUGUCCCAGAAUUUCUGUUUUGCCUGCUUUCUGCAUAGGCAAUCUUUCCGCCGUCAAUGGUUUCCGUUUGACGACGGAUUUUCGUAUUGGAUAUCCGGCGGCUCCGUUUCGUCGGACUCCAAACUUUUCCUUCGAGAUUCAGGCGAAGAAGAGUAAGAAGAAAACGAGUGUCGUUGAACCUGAACCGAACAAAGUCGAAGAAUUGCUCUUUGAAGAAGAAGAUGAGGAAGAAGGAGAGGAGCUACUUCUUCCCGAAGAGAUACAAGACGAGUUGCUAAUGGAUGGAGAAUUCGACGAAGACGAUGAUGACUUUGAAUUCGAUGAGAGUGAGGAGGAAGAACUCUAUGCUGGAGAUGGAGGUGGCGGGGGAGGCAUUAAACUUGCUGGAACAUUAUGGGAUAAAGAAGCAUUAACAUUAGCUGAGAAAGUGUGCGAGUCUUUUGAUGGUGAUUUAGGCAUUUAUGCGUUCAAGACUUUGCCAAAUUCAACCAUACAAGUGCGAAUCGAGCGGCUCACUAACAAAAGCGGUUCCCCAACAAUGGAAGACAUUGAAGCAUAUUCAACAAUCUACAGAGCAAAAUUAGCUGAAGCUGAACUCGCCAAGUCUAUACCGGACAAUAUCUCUCUAGAGGUUUCAUCUCCUGGUGUCGAAAGGGUGGUACGACUCCCGCAGGAUCUUGAUCGGUAUAAGGAUAGGCCGAUGUAUGUGAGGUACACUAAGGAGGACACUGAGACUGAAGGUGAUGGUAUUUUCAAGCUGGUUUCUUUUGAUGUUGAAAACAAAAGCUGUGUUUGGGGAAUAGCAGACAUUCGAGUAAACCGUGAAAAGGCAGGCAAAGGCAGACCUUUGAACAAGAAGCAAAGAGAAUGGCGACUUGAAACUGCUUUCGAGUCACUACGGUUAGUUCGUUUGCAUUCUGAAUGUUGACAACACAGUAAAAAAGGAAAUCUCCUUUAGUUUUUUAUAUAUAUUAAAAUCUCUAUAGGAACUCUA